AUGGCUGCGCCUACGCCCGACCUCAAUGCCAUCCUCGCGGCUCUCGCUGCUGGACGUGGCCCCUCAACGACGCCAUCCCAGGCGCCGCAACAGCCCCCGCCGGCGCAGCACAUGCCGCCCCAGGGAUUACCACCUGGCUUUCCCGGCGCGCCUGCCAUGCCCAGCUACAACUUCCCCCAGCCCACCAGCUCUGGCAGCCUCGACCUUAAUGCCAUCAAACAAGGCAUGUCUGGCUCUGUCAGCAUUCAGGAUGCGCUCGCAAAGGCGCGUGGGUUUGCUGCCCAGAAAGGUCUUGCUUAUGAAGCGCGUCCAGGUAUCUCCGACUCCUGGUCUGGUCUCGGUAGCCCAUCGCAGACUUACACAGUGACAGCUCACCAAGAAGAUCCGCGCCUGAGUGGACGGCCCUACCGUCGCUCUCGAUCGCGGUCACCGCCGCGACGAGAUGCUGCGCGUGACAGCUACAAUCCCUACCGAGAUGAGCGACGUGAUGAGCGCCGAGGUGGAGGCUUCGGUCGUGAACGCUCUCGGUCGCCUCCCCGUCGCAAUACAUUCUCUCCUCCGCAGCAAUAUGGCGGAAAUGAUCGUAGCCCUCCUCCCAAUGACAACUCUGAGGUGAUUCUCAUCGAUUCUUCGCUAGUUGGUCUCGUGAUUGGACGCCAAGGUGAGAGUCUGCGCCGCAUUGAACAAGAAUCAAGCACUAGGAUCCAGUUCAUCAACGGCCCUGAGGCUGGUCCACAGCGCGAGUGCCGCAUCACUGGUAGCCCUGGUGCCCGAAUCAGUGCCAAGCGUGAAAUCAAUCGCAUCAUCGAGGAGAAUGGCGGCAAUCCCGCUCGUGAAACUGGCCGUAAUGCACGAGCUGGCGGUGCAAAGACCGUUGGUCAGCAACAGCCUGCUCUUCGUGAGGGCGAACAGUCGUCUCAGAUCAUGGUGCCUGAUCGUACUGUUGGCCUCAUCAUUGGCCGCGGUGGCGAAACUAUACGUGACCUGCAAGAGCGAAGUGGUUGCCACGUCAACAUUGUCGGUGAAAACAAGAGCGUGAACGGUCUUCGUCCCGUGAAUCUCAUUGGAAGUCCCGCUGCUGCUGCCCACGCCAAAGAGCUUAUUAUGGAGAUUGUUGAUAGCGACACAAAGCAGAUGGAUGGCCCUGCGCAAAGUCAGCCACAACAGCACCAACAGCCGCAGUUUCAGAACAAACGUGACAACUUCGACCCUUACAACGGCGCUGGUGCAGCUGCUGGUGCUGGUGGCGGCAACAAGAUUAAUGACAGCAUUCUGGUGCCUUCCGAUGCUGUUGGCAUGAUCAUUGGCAAAGGUGGUGAAACCAUAAAGUCUAUGCAAUCUGACACGGGCUGCAAGAUUAACGUGUCGCAAGCAUCCGGUGCUGAUAUCGAGCGUGAAAUUGGUCUCGUUGGAUCUCGCCAGGCUAUUGAAGAUGCAAAGCGUGCCAUCUGGGAGAAGGUUGACCAAGUGAAGGACAAGAACAACUCACGUCGUCGUGACCAAGGGAACCAGGAUAAUAGCUACUCACACCAGCAGACUCCGUCCUAUGGCCAGAGUGCGCAACCGGGACAGCCUCCCGCGCCAGCAGCAGGUGAUGCAGGUGGCCAAGCCGCCGACCCGUAUGCUAUCUAUGGUGGAUAUCAGCAAUAUCUGGCGAUGUGGUAUGCGUCGUUUGCUCAGCAACAGCAGCAACAAGGGGGGCCAGGCGCUCCAGGACCACCUGGCGCUUAA